AUGUGGUCGGAUCCGGAUCCCGACAAGAUGGGUUUCGUGAUCUCACCGAGAGGUGCAGGCUUUGUCUUUGGCCAGGAUGUGGCGUCCAUGUUCCUACACCUGAACGGCUUGGCACACUUGGUGCGUGCGCACCAGCUUUGCAUGACCGGCUACCAGGUGCUCUUCGAUGACAGUCUAUCGACUGUGUGGAGUGCUCCAAAUUAUUGCUAUCGCUUCGGCAACACCGCCUCGAUCCUGGAGAUUUCCGAGGGAUUUGGUCGCUUCUUCAACGUGUACGGCCCCGCGCCGGAGAGUGAGCGUCAACGGCCUGGUGAAGCCGUCUCUCGCACGCGAGAGCUUCCGAGCCUCCGUCCGACUGGAAAGGCCACAGGGCGAGAUGAUCCUUAUUUCACCUGA